GAUAUCUCGACUCAUAUACUAACCCCCUCCCACUUCCCGUCAAUCCUACCAUACUGAACUUCAGCCGUAAUAAAUAUACCUUAACACUAUGCCUAUCGCUAUACCCAACACCACCCCCGCCCCCGAACAGACCUCGGGGAUGGAGACGCUCCAGGUAGCCGACCUGGACGUCUACCGUGAUCCGGCUAGCUCGGAAGAGGCCAAGUUGGCCGAAUGUAAAAAGGCCGCCGAGAGCUUGAUCCUCACUGGAGCUCUUAUCGUCCGAGAUUCUCGGGCUACCGAACAGGCCAACGAGACCUACCUGGACAUGCUCGAGGAUUAUUUCGCUCAGGAAAAGGAGACGUUGGAAGAGGACUUACGGCCCGAGUUGGGUUAUCAGGUGGGCGCAACCCUGGAAGACACCGAGAAACCCUCUUGCAAAUCCGUGACCAAAUGCACCGACAUCAUCGCCGCCCUCCCCGCCUCUGAACGUCCGUUGGACAUCACCGGGGCCGACCCCAAGUGCAGGUUCUUCUGGAAGAUGUCGGAUCAGAGGACCACGGAGGCCGAGGCGGAGAAGCAGAAGGCCAAGAGGGGAGGAGAGUUCAAGUUGCACGACGCGCCGAACGUCGUACCGAGGGCUUUUGAGGGCGUCUGGGAGGGGAGGAUGGAGGAUUGGGGGGUCAAGAUGAAGACGGCCGUCCAGGGGGUCGGGGAGAUGUUGUCCGUCGGAUUGGGGUUGGAGAAGGAUACCGUGAACGAUGCCGGUCGAUACGGAUCGCACCUGUUAGCUCCUACAGCGACCGACCUGCGUAAAUACGGGAAAGAGGGCGAGAUCUUCGCUGGAUUCCAUUCGGAUAUGAACUUCUUGACCAUCCACGGUCGCUCUCGAUACCCCGGCCUCCACAUCUGGGCCCGAAACAGCGGGAAGAAGAUCGCCGUCAAGGUUCCUCCCGGGUGUUUGUUGGUCCAGGCAGGGAAACAGUUGGAGGCUUUCUCCGGGGGUUUGGUCAAAGCUGGGUAUCAUGAGGUCGUCUGUACGGCUGCUACCGUCAAGGCCAUCGAGAAUAUCAAGGCCAACAAGCCUGACAGGCCGUUGAUCAGGAUCUCUUCCACCUUCUUCUACCACCUUUCCCCUGAAUACGAGCUACACGGACUCCCGGAACUCGUGAAAGAGGCCGAGAGGCGAUUCGGCCCUCAGGACGACUAUGGUCGAAUGACGGUGGCUGAGCAGGUUCAGAGGGAGUUGGGGAUGAUCGCUCUGUACAAGGAGUAGACGCUUUCGGUGUUAGUGUGAGAGGGUUGUAUUUGGACGUUGUAUAUACUAGGGUGCGCUGUGACAAUACGCAGAUGUUACAAAGUCUAUAGUACAAAAGUCAUUCUGUUCCGA